AUGGGUGGUAUCCUCCAUCUCGUCGAGGAUCGGCCGACGCCGCCAUCCGUCUACAACUGGCGUGUCUACCUCCUCGCCGCCAUCGCAUCAUGCGGUUCCAAUAUGAUCGGUUAUACUAGUGCCUUCAUUGGUACUACCAUUGAUCUCACAUCCUUCCAGGAAGAGUUCGGCACAGAUAAAUUGAGCUCUGCAGGACAGGACUUGAUCAGUGAAAAUAUCGUCUCCCUCUUCAUCGCCGGUGCCUUCUUCGGUGCCCUUGCCACAUACGCCCUGAGCCACUGGAUUGGCCGCAAGUGGUGUUUGACUAUCUCUUCUGCCAUCUUCAUCCUCGGAGCUGCUCUGCAGACUGGUUCCACUGGCUCCACUGGUUUGGGUAUGAUGUACGCUGGUCGUGUCUUGUCCGGUCUGGGAACCGGUGUCGCCUCUAACAUUGUUCCUAUCUACCUUGCUGAGCUGGCUCCCCCUGCCAUUCGUGGUCGUCUUGUCGGUCUCUAUGAGCUGGGCUGGCAGAUUGGUGGUAUGCUGGGCUUCUGGAUUAACUAUGGUGUUGAGCAACAUAUCCCUGAUAACCACAAGCAGUGGAUGAUUCCCUUCGCUAUCCAGCUGAUUCCCUCCGGUAUGCUGCUGCUCGGCUCUCUCUGGAUGCGGGAAUCCCCUCGAUGGCUGUUCCUGCACGACAAGCGUGCGAAGGCUAUGGACAACCUUUGCUGGAUCCGUCAAUUGACUCCCAGUGACAUGUACAUCACCGAGGAAGUUGCUGCUAUUGAUUCUGCUAUCGAGGAACAGCGGGCCACCGUUGGUAUGGGCUUCUGGCAGCCCUUCCAGGCUCUUCGCUCCCGGCCUCUCCUCUGCUACCGUCUGUUCUUGGGAUGCAUGCUCUUCUUCUGGCAGAACGGUUCUGGUAUCAACGCCAUCAACUACUACUCCCCCACCAUCUUCAAGUCUCUGGGUGUCCAAACCAACACUGUCGACAUUAUGACUGGUAUCUUCGGUGUCGUCAAGGCUGUUAUGACUGUCAUUUGGCUGCUGUUCCUGGUCGACCAAUUUGGUCGCCGCAAGCUUUUGCUCGUCGGUGCCGUCACAGGUUCUAUCUGCAUGUGGGUCAUCGGUGCCUAUGUGUACAUUGUUGAGCCCACAAAGCACGACAUCACUUCCCUGAACGGAAGUGGUAUUGCCGCCAUCUUCUUCUUCUACCUCUGGACCGCUGUCUACACCCCCACCUGGAACGGUACUCCCUGGGUCAUCAACUCCGAGUUCUUUGACCCUAACUUCCGUUCCCUCGCUCAGGCCUGCACCACCGCAAGCAACUGGCUCUUCAACUUCCUUGUGUCUCGCUUCACCGAGCAGAUGUUCGCCACCAUGGGAUACGGAGUGUACAUGUUCUUCGCCUCGCUCUCCUUCCUCGCGUUCUUCUUCGCCUUCUUCCUUAUCCCCGAGACCUCCGGUAUUCCUCUGGAGAAGGUCGACCGCCUGUUCAAGUGCAAGCCUGUCUGGCGGGCCAAUGAGCAGCUCAAGGAGAUCCUCCGCGCGGAGGAGGAGGAGUUCCGCUUCGAAAUUAAGGAUCAAGCUGUUCACCAUGAGAACCAAGAUGAGUCCUCGAGCCCCGAGCGGGUCUGA